AUUAUACACUACGCGCUGCGCUGUCAGCAGGUUUUUUUAUUUGAUGGCAAGGUAGCAAACUUCAAGACUUCAGUUUGCAAGGUUUUGUCAAGGUUAGACUUAAGUUAAAGCUAGACAUGCUAGAUAAAUGUACAGUUAAUCAUGCAUCCUUCGAAGAACGGUCAUCAACCCAAGUUUUUUUCAGCAUUAAUAUAGUGCUAUCAGUCUCCAGACACCACACGAUUCCAACAUGAGAACAUUUUACAUCAACCCCAACCUGCGCUGGCUGAUCCUAGCAGUUCUGGCCUUCCUACCGUUCUUCCUGGUCCUGCGUUCCAUAACGGUCUCCGCUCCAGGGGAGGAUUUGGCGGCCGGGAUGGGGGGUAAGACCUCAAACGACAGGGUGCAGCAGCUGGAGGUGGCCGUGGUCGAGCUGCAGAAACAGCUGGCGGAGGAGAAAGAUCUGGAGAAGGAUUUGAUGGAUACGCUUCACAAGUACAAGAAGCUUGUCGUCAAACGAAGCCACGCCCCGGGGGUGGCCCCACCCAGUCCACUUCCCGAGGGCAAGUUCCUGGACUGCCAAGCGAUCGACCGGAUCCAGAUCACGCAGCAGAUCGCCAGAGGUUACAGCAAGGUGGUGCAGGAAGGGAAACUAGGCGAUAAGCACUACGCUGUGAAGAGCACCAGUUAUGAUGUGAAGAACGUGAAGGAUUGCGUGCUGGGCGGAAUGUACAAGAAGAAAGAAGACUGUUUUAUCCUUGGGACAUAUCAGGUCCUAAAGGAAGCUAUGAUGCUGAAGCAGCUCCAGCAUCCCAACAUCGUCCGGCUUCUGGGUCUGUGCGUACGCAGCGAGAACAGCAGCCCCAUCAUUCAUGAGCGAGGAGUAACUGUGGUUGAGGAGCUGGGCGCUCCGGUGCUGCUACGUGACCUGACCGAGAUGGACUUCAGGGCCAAGAUAGAAAUUUGUCUCGAUCUAGCCAGACUUCUCCAGUACCUUGUUGACUCUCCUAUGGGCAGCGUCGCCAUCACUGAUUGGAGGGACGAACAGUUUGUCUUCGUCGCUGGAACGUUGAAAAUUGCCGACGUGGACGGACUGAACAGCAAAGAGCCGUCUUGCAAUAAAGAAAUGAAGUGCCUUAUCAAUGAUAUGCCUUCUGGUUUAAGAUGUGCCAAGAACAUGGAGUGUCCCGGCACCAACGCUAAGACCAACCUCCUCCAUGCACGACACCACUUCCUGGAGCCCAUGCUAGGCACAGGCAUCCCCGUGGAGUACCUUGCCAAAGCCUCAGCCCUCCUGACGGACCUACAGAAGGACAAGCUGGACGCGGACGACCUGGUGGAGCGUCUGGAAGACCUGCUCAAGUUCGUUGACACAGUGACCAAAGUGCCGCCACUGGAGGUAGACCCAAGAAACUUGGAUUACUACUGAGAGCCAACAUUUUGCACAGCUGCCAAACCAAAAAUUGUGCCUACCCAGUACCCACCAAGUAAGGAAUGAAGUUAGCAAAGAAUGCCAUUGUACCUUUGUGUGUAAUGUAGUUCACCAACUGGCGACCAACAGAACAUGUAAGUAACUCCAUGACAUAGACCAAUCCUUUAAGUCCCGCCCACUGAUGUUUUGACCAAUGACAGCCGUGAUUAACCCUCCUAUGCAAACAUACAUUGUGUGCCAAGUAGUCCUUUCAGUCAAAAUCAAUCAAGUGACUGCUUUCAACAGUGAAGAAUUCCCA